AUGCCUCAGUUUACUGCUAGCAACACGUCUGUAAAGGUACCAUUUGGAUCUCGGCGGUCGCCGCCCGGCAGCCGCUGCUGUGCGGUGUUGCCGAGCGGCGCUGCCACCACAGCAGAUCUGGUUUCUGAGUUUGCCUCGUUCAAGUCAUUCAUGCUAGGAACGCUGAACACCCUUCAGUCGCAGAUUCAUGUCCUUGCAAAAUCAGUUGAUAGGCUCGAGAUGCAGGGCCGCAGAAAGAUGCUUUUAUUGCAUGGUGUUCAGGAGCAGGCUAAUGAAGACCUGUCACAGCUGAUGGUAAGGUUUGUUGUGGAUAAAUUGGGAGUCAACGAGUUCACACUGAAGGACAUUAAGCGGCGUCACAGAAUGGGACAAUCAAGAAACAACAGCGACAAGCCUCGACCUAUCAUCAUUAAGUUCGAGCAUGCAGCCAUCCGUGACCAGGUUUGGUUUAGUAAAGCCAAGCUUAAGGGUUCUGGUGCAACUGUCUUGGAGUUCUUGACUCAAUCUCGCCGAAGUACUUUUAUUGCUGCUCGUGAGAAAUUUGGAGUGAACCGGUGCUGGACACAGGAAGGUAUUAUUCACGUUCUCAGUCCUGAUAAUACUAGGCACCGCUUAACCACUAUCGCUGAGCUUCGAUCGUUACAACUCGAGACCGCAAAGCCUGUGGCAACUUCGAAGGCAAUUCCAAAAGCUAGGAGGGCUGCGGGCGUCAAGAAAUAG